AUGCACUUUCCCCCUCUGAUCUUUGUGGUUAUUUUGGGGAUUGUGGGAUUAGUGUUGUGUGAUGCCCAAAUGUCCGCAAUUCAGAUAGAAAAACUAAUAGUGAAAAGGUUCGAGGAGAUGAUCAAAAAGUAUGAUAGCAAAAUCGCCCUUCUGGAAGAAAAAGUCGAUUCUCAAGAGGAGAAAAUAAAAAUUCUUAAACUACACUGCAUUGAUAAAAUUUCCAAUAACGAUGAUGAAGGACAAAAAGAUUUUCAAACAUAUUAUAUAGAACUAAACAAAACCAGAGAUGAUUCCUAUGAGGUAAUGUUGAACACAGGAAGUCAUGGAAAUUCGGAACAGAAGUCAGUCAAUAACUAUGAGGCAAAGAAAAGGAUUGUACCAGUUCCUGACAAUUCCGGUAUUGUAGCAUUCUGUGCAUACAUGACUUCAAAAGAAAUAAGUCCAAGCCUUCAUCAUGUUUUCGUGUUCGAUGUUGUGAAAACCAAUAUUGGAUCCGCCUAUAAUAGAAAUUCGGGUAUCUUCACAGUUCCAAUUGAUGGUACAUACGUUUUUACUUGGAGCAUAUUUUCCGAUGCGCACAGCUACAUAUUUACGCAGAUCGUCAUCAAUUCUAAGGCUUUAACUGGUAUGAUAACAGACAGUGACGAGGUGGGGGACUACCACUCUACAACGGGGGUAAUAGUCGCAACAGUUGAUCACGGAGAUCUUGUGUAUGUUCGAACACACCCAACUACUCUGUCGCAUGGAAAUGUGUUAAGCAGUCCUUUACACGGACAACCCUCUUUUAGUGGAUGGAGAUUGUAA